AUGUGGGCCCCCAACUUAGAAUCGCUUUUACAGUUAGCGGUUCUCCUGAGGAGCUCAAUGGCCCCUCACCAAGAGGAACGUAGAGGGGCCAUGGAUGCACUGGAAAGCUUUAAGAUCCAACCAGAAUUUUUAAACUAUCUUUGUUACAUUUUGAUUGAAGGGGAGUCUAGUGAAGCCUUGGUAUCGCAUUUUUCAGCUCAGGAGUUGCAAAAUAAUAGAGCUACUGCAGGUUUACUUCUUAAAAAUACCAUGCUCGAUGGUGAUAAUUUGACAAAGGGAAGUCAAGAUAUUGGCUACGUAAAGGCAAAUAUUAUCCAUGGACUGUACAAUUCGAAUAAUUCUCUUGUUACCAAUGUGACUGGUAUUGUCAUCACAACUCUUUUCUCCACAUAUUACAGACAACAUAGAGAUGAUCCGAUGGGUGUUCAGAUGAUUUCUAAUCUAGUGGAAUUGGCUUCUAAUGGUAGUGAAGCAAGUAUGAAGACAUUGUCCAAAAUUAUGGAAGAUAGUGCUCAAUUUUUCCAACUGGAGUGGAGUGGUCAUAUUAAGCCAAUUGAUAAUUUAAUAGCUUGCUUUCUAGAUAUUACGGCAAAUGGUUCUACAACAGCUACUAAUAGAGCUGAAGCUAUUAAAUGUUUAAACACUGUGAUUCCAUUACAGCCUCAAAGUUUUAGUUUGAGGAUUGAUGAAUUUUUAAACAGCAUUUUCCAAUUGGCACAAACUGAUGAAAAUGAUGAUGUAAGAGUACAGGUUUGUAUUGCAUUUUCCAGCUUAUUAAAAUUUAGACCUGACAAACUUGUGGAUAAUUUGGCUGGGUUGAUUCAUUUCAUGUUACAUCUAAUUAGUACCGUCAAGGAGGAAAAGGUUUCCAUUGAGGCAUGUGAGUUUAUCCAUUCAUUCUGUACAGAUCCCAAUAUUCCCGAACAUAUCAUACAACCUUUUGUCACUGAUAUAGUACCGGUCUUGUUGACUAAAAUGGUUUACAACGAGGAGUCUAUAAUGGUUUUGGAAUCCUCGAACGAUGAUGAUGCAUCGGAGGAAGACAAAGAUGAAGACAUCAAACCUGCGGCUCCUCGUAUCGUUAAGAAACAAAGAGGCGAUGGUGAAGAUAGUGAUGAUGACGAUGAUGAUGAUGACAGUGGGGUUGAUGAAUCAGAUGUAGAUACUCAGUGGAAUUUGAGAAAAUGUGCAGCUUCUACUUUAGAUGUCAUGACCAACAUUUUACCAAGGGAUGUCAUGUACGUGGCUUUCCCCUUUUUAAAAGAACAUUUGGAUUCUGACAGAUGGUUCAUUAGAGAGGCUACCGUUUUGGCGUUAGGUGCUAUGGCUGAAGGUGGUAUGAAAUAUUUUGAUGAUCAACUACCACAAUUAAUCCCAUUUUUGGUGGAUCAGUUGAAAGAUGUGUGGGCUCCUGUGCGGAAAAUUACAUGUUGGUCCUUGAGUAGAUUUGCGCCAUGGAUCCUUAAAGACCAUACAGAAUUUUUGAUCCCCGUUUUGGAACCGGUGAUUGGUAGAUUAAUGGAUAGGAAGAAGGACGUACAAGAAGCAGCCAUCAGUAGUGUAGCUGUAUUCAUUGAAAGUUGUGAUGCAGAAUUGGUGGAAACGGUUCUUUACGAUGAAUUGCUCAACAGUUUUAACAGAUGCUUCGAAUUUUACAAGAAGAAAAAUUUGAUUAUUCUAUAUGAUGCUGUAAGUCGAUUCGCAGAGAAAGUGGAGCUAGAUGAAAGAGCUAUGAAGGUUUUAUUGCCGCAUCUGGUGAAUAAGUGGUCAUUACUACCAGACAACGAUAAGGAAUUGUGGCCGCUAUUAGAAUGUCUUUCAUAUGUGGCCACCUCGCUGGGUGAAAAGUUCAUGCCUAUGGCUCCAGAUGUGUAUGCGAGGGCCUUCAGAAUAUUGUGCAACUGUGUGGAAUUGGAAGCUACUUCUCAACAAAAUCCGGCAAUUGUUGCUCCUGAGAAGGAUUUUAUCAUAACUUCCAUUGAUAUGAUCGAUGGGUUAGUACAAGGUUUAGGUUCCCAAUGCCAACCACUUCUCUUCCCACCUGGUAGUGACAACACUUUGUUACAAAUAAUGUUGCAAUGCCUUCAAGAUCCAUUUCAUGAAGUAAGACAAUCCACUUUUGCUCUAUUGGGUGAUAUUGUCUAUUUCUUCGAUCCGCAACUUUUAGCAGCAACUUUGUCCCAGUUCUUAAAAUUUAUUGGCACUGAAAUUAUGCAUAAUGACGACCCUGACGGUAUACCAGCGUUGAUUAAUGCCAUCUGGUGCCUUGGUCUCAUCAGUGAAAGAAUCAAUUUGGGUGAGUACAUCAUAGAUCUCUCUAGGGUACUGCUAGAUCUGUUCACAACUCAGGGCCAGAUAUUAGAUGCCGCUGUCUUGGAAAACCUAGCAAUUACAAUGGGUAGAAUCUCUAUUACUUUGCCAGAAGUUUUCUCCAAUGGACUCUUUGCAUCAGAUGCUAUGUGGAAUAGAUGGUGCAAUGCUCUACAGGACUUGGAUUCUCUAGAAGAGAAAAGUUCUGCAUACAUGGGAUUCAUGAAUAUCGUGAAUCUCGUGGGGGACCAUGUAGCCAUUUCCAACGAAACUCUCAAGAACAUUAUCAAGGGUCUAUCGAUCAACGUCGAUCCGACACCUUUUGCACAGAGUAUCUACACAUUUUUGAUGAAGCAUGCUGAGAGGAUACAAGGUUUGAAGCUUUCACAGGAAGAGGUUACAUUCCUUCAACAGUUCAACGGCAAUUGA